AAGAAUAUAACGAAGAAGAAGAAGAAAAGAAGGAGAAGGAAGAGGAGGAACAGAAGAAGAGAGGGGACGAGGAGUAGAAGGAGACGGAAGAAACUGAUAACGAAGGGAAAUAAAUAAGGAGAUGAACAACAGCAUAAACGUGACGAUGUCUGCGUAGUCUGCUGGGCAAACCCUUCGCUCGAGUUAAGGGUCUGAAUGUGCAGCCUACUCAUGCCCUGUGUACUGAAGGCUCUCUCGCUAUUGGAACAGCAAGUUUUGUAUGUGCUAGUCUUUGCGUGGAGGCACACUUAUUGAUCAAAGUUCCAAUCAGGGUCUGUGCCUGCAGACUAAUGUCUGCGCGAUCAGCAUAUUAUAUGCAAUGCAUAUGCAUAGCAGAUAUAUGUGCAAAAUACCUUUGUUGGACUUGGAUGUGAUUAUAAAAUUCGGGAUGGCGAAUUCAAAUAAUGCUCCCUCAAUUUUUUCUUACGACACUUUGGUACAUGCAGUGUCAGGGGCAAUUGGCAGCACAAUAGCGAUGUCAACAUUCUACCCAUUGGAGACAGCAAGAUCAAGAUUACAAAUUGACGAGAACAGAACUGCCAAGCAUACUCCAUAUGUUGUAGCUGAGAUUGUUCGAGAAGAAGGAUUAUCAUCAUUAUACAGGGGAUGGUACCCAGUAAUAUCAAGCCUAUGGUGUUCAAACUUUGUCUACUUCUAUACCUUCAAUGGCCUCAAGGUGGCGGUAGGCGAUGUCAUGAAAUCAAAGAAAGCUGUGAGGGAUCUGCUUAUAGGAAUAGCUGCUGGCGUGGUCAACGUUUUAGUCACCACUCCCAUGUGGGUUGUCAACACCCGUCUGAAGAUGCAGGGAGUUCACUUCCAGACCAAGCACUAUAGAGAGUCCAAACAUCCAAAGUAUAGCGGAAUUAUUGAUGCCUUUGAGAAGAUCAUUAAACAAGAGGGUAUAGAAGCUCUAUGGAGUGGGACAAUCUCAUCCCUAAUGCUCGUCAUCAACCCUGCGAUUCAUUUCGCUUCCUACGAGGCUCUUAAAAGAUAUCAUAGCAGACUCUUUGACAGAAAGCAACCCUCUGCUCUUCAAUUCUUCUUGAUCGGAGCUUUCGCUAAGACAAUGGCUACACUGUGUACAUACCCGCUUCAGGUUGUCCAAUCAAAACUCAGGUAUGGAAAGGAGAAAGAGACGCACAAAGGAAGUAUGAUCAGGAAUAUAGUUGCUGUUCUUCAACAUGUUAUAGAGACACAGGGUAAGUGGGGACUGUACAAAGGACUAGAGGCCAAGCUUUUACAGACAGUGCUCACGGCUGCUCUCAUGUUCCUCUGCUACGAGAAGAUAUCCAAAUUUAUAUUCUUCAUCUUGAGAUCAAACGGCAUCAAAAGAUGAUAAAACCUCCCCAUCUUGAUAAUGGACUCUUCUCAUGUUGUAUUGUAGUAGGCAUUUUGUGGAAUCGUCCAUUUUAAGUGUAGGUUGGCUAUGUAUGACUGCAUUUUAUUAUAAAUGCAUUACACUGUCCCUGCCUGAAUAGAAGCGAGAUGAGCGACUCGAUUGAGUCAUUGUCAUCUUCAAAAUCUCAAAGUACCAGAUCCUGUUUCCUGAAACUAAUUGUCACUGAUUAUUUGGCAUGAAUUUCAGGUCAGUUGGAUAGAUAUUGGACUUGCCUCAUUAUUUGAAAAAAAUGAUUAAUCAAAUCCAUUUGACAUGUAUUUACUUAUUCAUUGAAGUUUAUUUGUAAAAAAAAAUAAUGUAUGACAACUGCUAUAGAUGUUAAAGUAUAUACACAAAUUUGAUAAAGUUGACAGGGUAGGUAAAAAUAUGUCAAUGUCACAAAUCAACAUUGUUGUUAUAUGAAUUGCUAAAUGCAGGCCAUACUACUAGGGGCCUUCUACUUGUUAUAUUCACGUGUGUGUUAUGGUGGCCUUUCAAAGGCUGAUUUUUAUUUUGGGAAUACUAGCUUAAAUUAUAUUCUAUUGAUUUUUUAUGCUGUCUUUAUAUGGCAUUUUAUAUCAUUUGUAUUUAAUCUAUUUACAGUUUCAUGUGUUUUAUAUUAAUUCUGGAAAUAUUUUUCCCUACUUUAAAUUCAGAAUGUGAAGAAUCAAUUUUUUUUAUGUAACACAAUACUUGUUAAUUUUUAUGUGGAUUAAUCUGCAAAAGAGAGGAAGAAGUGGGAGGGAGGCAGAAGCAAGUCAUCCACCCCUCCCACUAACCCCCCCCCUCCACUGUUUUCUAUUGCCCAUAUUCAACCAAACUGAGUUCAUCGUCCUAUUAAAGCCUAUCAUGUAUUUGAGAAGAAUGCAUUGUCACGACCAUGAUGUAAUUAUUAUAUAAGUAUAGAUAUGUUACAUUAUGAUUUGUGAAAAUGAAUAUUUUUAUUUGUCAUAUAAUCUUUUUUUUAAUCAUUUCUUAUCAAUCAUUCUAAUUUGCAAAUGUAGUGUCAAGGUCCAAAUUCCUUACGUUUUCUAGGUAAUUCCUAUGUCUUAAAUUGUAUUUUUCAUUGAUAUAUGCAAAUUUUACUUACAGAGUCACAGUUUCUUUGAUUUUGAUUAGAAAUGUUGAGAAAAAAGUUUGGAAACAAUAUACAGAGGAAAUAGAAAAAAAUGUAAAUUGCCACUUGGUUUAGUUUGUUUACGAACCCUUCGGCCUUAUUGAUAAUUUGCCUAUUUAUGUUGUUGAGAAUUCAAUGAUUAAAGUGGUAGUUCACCCUGGCCUAAAGUUGGAUCUAUUAAGAGAGAGAGAGAAAAAACAAUAUCGGUGAAGAUUUUGUGAAAAAUACAUAAGGAUCAAAAGAGUUAUGGUAUUUUUAAAGUUUUGAUUUUCGACAUCACAUACAUGUACGAGCAGCUUCUCCCAUUAAUCAUGCGAUAUACAUUCCAUAAAAUUCAAUUUUCUAUGGAAAUUGUGAUUUAUUUGACUUGGGGGCAUUUACAUGUAUUACAUUGUUUGAAACACCAUUUCAUACCCACUUUUAUAACAAAACUAUUUCUAGUCAUCCAAUAAAAAAUGGGAUUUUUGAGACUGCAUAUUACAUGACAUAUGGGAUGGCUGCUUGCGUAUGUCAUCACAAUUCAAAUCUUUUAAUAAGAAUUCAUAACUCUUAUUCUUUGACAGUUUUUCGCCAAACCUUUACUGAUAUUUCUCUCCUAUUUUUUGGUGCUAUAAUUGAACACCUUUGUCGUCUUGGUGAACAUCAUGGUAUAUUACAGAUCUUCUGAUGUACAUGUAUGAAGCUUUCUGGCCCAAUUAUAGGUGUUUCAGUCAAGUGCAAUACUAUCAAUUGAACUUGUAUUAUUUCUUGCUUUCACAUGGAAACCUAUAUAUAUAUUUGGUGAGUUUUGUUUGCAUUGUGGGAAUUCAGUUUACUUUACAUUUUUCAAGGUGUUGCACGACUCUUUUUGAAAAAAAAAAAUCAUGUAUUAAUAUUUAUCUGGGUUUGUUCGAAAUUUGACCUAUCUGCUCUUCUUAUUUUUUUCCUUUCAUGUCAGAUAACUUUGCACUUCCAGAAAACAGUAAUAAUCAAAAAAUAUUUUGGGAUGAUGCGUUAGAAUUCAGCAUUAUUACAUUGUGUACACAAAUGUAUAGCAUUAAGGUUCUUUUCUAAUCAUUUGUUUAUAUUUGAAUAUAUUGACAGCUGGUGUAUAUGCAAUUUAUUGAUGUAACAUACUGUACACUAUUAAUUAUCCACUAAUCGAUAGUUUGCAUUAAAAAAAAAAUAAUCACAUUUUA